GGGAGCGCGUGCUGCAGGUGGGACGCUCUUGCGCCGCUUUGGUCGCACUCCUGCUCAGACUCAAUCCGAGUAGUGAGCGCGUCGGUAAGGGACAGGCAUUCACGGCAAAAUGGGCAAGCUCCACGAAUUCGACAUUACUUUCACUAAUAAUAAAGUGGUUUACAGCCCCGGAGAAUCGAUAUCAGGAUGCGUGAAGAUCACAUGUAGCGGCUCCCUGAAAUACAUAGCCAUCAAGGUGAACUGCCUGGGGUCAUGUGGCGUCUCGACCAAGAUGAACGACGCGUCGUGGAUGCUGGAGGAGCAGUACUUCAGCAGCACGCUCUCCGUGGCCGACAAAGGGACUUUACCGGCGGGCGAGCACAGCUUCCCCUUCCAGUUCCCGAUUCCAGCGGCCGUCCCUACCUCCUUUGAGGGACCCUUCGGGAAGAUCUCCUACAGAGUACGGGCGGUGAUUGACACGCCGCGCUUCUCAAAGGACUACAAGGCCCAGAGACCCUUUUACCUGCUCAACCUCCUCAACCUCAACGAAGUGCCAGAUAUCGAGCAACCCAGCUGUGCGGUGAUGACGAAGAAGUUCAACUACCUGCUGGUGAAGACAGGCACGGUGAUGCUGAAGGCGCGGAGCGACCUGCGGGGCUACACACCUGGCCAGGUCAUCCAGCUGGCCACCGAGAUCCACAACAAGUCCGGCAAGGACACGGGCUACGUGCUGGCCAGCCUUGUGCAGAAAGUGACCUACAAGGGCAAGCGUUCGCUGAUGGACCUGCGCACCAUCGCCGAGGUGGAGGGCGCGGGGGUGAAGGCCGGCAAGCACGCCGAGUGGCGGGAGCAGAUCAUCGUCCCUCCCCUCCCUCAGUCGGCGCUCACCGGCUGCAGUCUCAUCGAUAUCGAUUACUUCAUCCAGGUGUCUCUGAAGUCUCCUGAAGUUGUGGUCACUCUACCCAUUUUCAUCGGCAACAUCGCGGUCAACCUGACACCCUCCAGGCCGAUGCCCCCCCACCCGGGCACCCCUCUGGGGGCCGUGUCCAGCCCCUCCCACGGAGGGGGUGUCGUCCCCAGCGCCCCGCCAGCCGAGGAGGACCCAGACAGCGAGCUGGGCGCCGGGGGCCUGGCCAGCGAGGAGAUCCCCACCAAGAGCCACUCCCAGCAGGACCCCAGCGGCCAGGCCGCCACCGUGUCCCCCGGCGCCUUCGGCUACGCCCCGGGCCUGUCCACCCCGCAGGGUCAGCGGAGCGCCGCCGCGGCGUCCUCGGACGGCUCCGCUCCGCUGUUCUGCGUGUCCACCGGGGCCACCAUACCGUUCUUCACCGAGGGGAACGCCACGCCCGUGCCCACGUCGUGCUCCCUGAUCCUGCCGCCCGAGUACAGCCGCUGGGACUACCCUCCGGAACCCCCUCCCACCUAUGAGGAGAGCUGCAGCAGCAACAACUCCAGUUUCAACAGGUAGACCAAAGGACAUAUGGAAAAAAAUACAAGCAUGGAUACACGGGGUCAUCAUCUGUCGCCAGAGCCAUAGAUACGCUCUAUCCAUUGCUAUUCCACAGGCCCUUGUGGCCCCCUGCUGGAUGUAUCGGGCAUUGCAAUAGGCCCCCAAACCUGCCUUUGGAUCGUCACCGUAUCUCCAGUGAAGUUGCGUUACAUUUUUUCCCCAAAAUACUUAAAAAGGGAUCCAAGACUUCAUUUCACCUUCUCUCAUUUGAACGCUCCUAUUUUGCUACUGUGUGUUCUACACAGAGGAAGAAAGAACUCAAAGGCAAAAACAAGGAGAGGAAAAGACACCGAAAAUAUUUCAUCAUUGCGCUAAACAAGAGGCACUUCUUAAAAACCACUUAAUAUGUAUGUAUGCAGCAACACUGGAGAUCAUUAUUGUGAGUGGAUAAUGAGGGGUGGGGUGGGGUGUGAGGGGCUGUAAUUAAAGUUUUGUGUUUGAAGAAAGUACAAUACUAGCAUCUGUGAUGCGUAGAAAUGAUUCAAAAGAAAACAUCAUAUUGUAACGUAUAGUACAUUUAUACAUAUUCAUUUACUUUGAUUCCUACCAAGGCUGGCCUUCACAGAAAUAUCUCUAAAUACUUAGUACAAAUGUGAGACAUUUUAAUGUACGCAGGAAGCUGUAGCAGACACCAAGGCCAUACAGUUUCAAGUCCAAUAGACCUUACAAUGUACGCUAGUGUCUUUUUGAAUGACUCAGCUCUGAAUCAGCCUGCAACAGGAUUAAUAGUCUAGAGAGACUCACACACACACACACACACACACACACACACACACACACACACACACACACACACAGUAUGAAGUAUCACUGGAAUGCAUCAAACUCCAGAUGGAGAUACAAACUGGCAUUAGUUCCCUGUGAUUUAACGGCAAUUUGAUCUAAGGGGUUAUUGCAGAGGCUUUCUGGUGCUUUAGAUUACAUGAUACAAUGACAGGGUCAUAUCAUAUGAUAUAAGAGUCAGUCCUCCGAGGAUAUUACUGACUGUCUCAGUACACUUACACAAUGGCUUUGGUUGAAACUGUGAUAUUGAGAGCUAACAACAAACUGUGUUUACUGGUGUACAAUUUAUUGUAUAAUUUUUUGGAUGACCAACUGACAGAAUACCAGCAAGACAAAAGGCACAUGUAUUGUUGUGAUUAAAUAACGAGACUAUCUGAGCAGAUUCUAUAUAUGAGUGACACAUUUUCUUUUAAUUACAAUUAUAUUACAAUUGAAAUUCAGCAUUUGUCUCAUUAUUUAAUAGCUACACCUCAUAGGUAACGUUUUGUUUAAAUACAGGAUGCAUUUCAUUGCACAAAGAGCAUGCUGUCAAUCCUGUGGAUUAUUAAACAGUCCUCGUGACCCCAGAACGAUUUCAGACUUGUUUUCACUAGAAAAUGUUGACUUACAGUAAAUGCCAAUUUAUUAUAAAUGCUGCUACCCUGAACGUUUUAGGAUAUUUCAACAGAUCAGCACUGUUCAGAAAACGCAGCCCUGUUUAAAGCAUUUCAUGAGAGUCACCAGAGCAGCCCUUUCAUAUGUGUACUCAGUGCAGAAAGGUAUUGUCCUUGCAUCCAAAAUUCCCCUGAUCCUUAAAGGAUAAAGGCAAUGUGAUUAAAGUAAAGGUGAUGUGAUUAAAGUCAAGGUGAUGUGAUUAAAUGUUGCUCCACAUUGUUACAGGCAAUGGUGUUGUCUCAAUGACAGUUCCACUUCACAAAAUAGAUUUAGUUUAGAACCUUAUGUCUGAUUUCUAAAUAUUAGCUGAUGUUGUUGAAGGAAAGGAAAAGAAAGAAGUAUUGUGAUACUUGAUGAUUUCUCCCCAAAUCAGCACUAUUUGCUUCGUCAAAUACUUGUUUGACUUCCAGCUCUUCACCAGGCAGGUGUGACCACUCUUCCUGCACCUACUGUAGCUCCUGUCUCUGACAAAGACAAAGGCUUUGUGGUGAAAAGAUCUUCACCGUAGAAACAGGAUCAACAUCAUUUCUGUCACACGCCCCAAAUAAGUUAACAGUUUGGGCUCAUACAUGCAGCGUCAGUACCACCGUUGUUUUUAUGUAUUUCAUGUCUGGUUUUAUUAUUCUUUGGUUCUAUUGUUGAAUGGUGGAGAGGUGUAUGUGAAGCCUCAUACCACUUUGUUGCUGUGAAUCAUGUUUGACUGUGGUACUUUCAAUAUCUGUACUCUUUUGCAAUCUUAAGGGUCAACUCACACACUUAUCCUGCUGGUAUAUGUUACAUGACGUGCACACUGCUCAAGCACAAAAGUAGCACCUUUACAUAGGCCUUUUCUUUUUAUCUUUUUUUUUAAAGAUUAUUUUUUGGGCUUUUUAUGCCUUUAUUUGGACAGGACAGUAGAGAGAAUGACAGGAAGUGAGUGGGAGAGAGUCGGGGUGGGAUCUGGAAAGGACCACGGGGCGGGAAUCGAACCCGGGUCGCCAGCGUACGGUGCAGGUGCCCCAGCCAGUUGCGCCACUGCCGGGGCCUUCUUUUUAUCUUGAGAGAGAGAGAGCAAGAGAGAGAGAAAGAGAAAGAGAGAGCAGAGGGAAAACGGCAAAGCUCUAAAUUGAUUGUGUUCAGAAUUUUUGAAAGUGUGCUAAGGUCUCCAUCUACCGUGAAUGCAAUAUUGAGUCUGAUGAAAUGUGCUGUGCUGUGGUCGACACGCCAUAACCUUUCACUCAAACUCACGUAGCAUGGCAUCCAAACAUCCAAAUCAGCACGGUUCCAGCAGACUGCUCCAUGAGCAUCCGGUGUCUCUCUACUCCAGUAGAUAGCAUUUUACCACCCAUGCCCUGCCUUGACGGCAAUGAAAUUCCUCCAACCUUCACAGCACUCUACAUAAUCACUUUCUCCAGAACUGGUAAAUGGAGGUGCUGCAUCAGUUUGAAAGGGAGAGUACGGAGAGAGGAAAAAGAUGGGUAUUGGAGUGUAGCUUUCCAUACCCCCCCACCACCACCAUCACUCACUACUAUCACCUUGUUUGUUACCUGUUUCCUGAGGACUACCCUUAAGCGUGCCUUCAGAAUGCUAAUGUCACCAUGGGUGAAAGGGUCAGAGAGGAUUGAUGAGGAAAGUCAUUUUAUACUUCUGCUACUGGUGAACCAUCCUUCUUCUCUUGUCUAUCCCCAAAACUGUUUCCUUUCAUCUUUUCUUUUUGGAGGGGAAAUAAAUGCUGGGGGAAGACUUUGUGCAAUUUUGUGUCACGUGAGACACCCUGAAGACUGUAUGGGUUGAGUUAUGUCGGCUGUUUCUGUUCUGUUGCUGUCCUGUUAUUUGCUACACCAAAGCUUUUUAAGUUUCCUUUGUUGGUUAUUGUAUGCAACUCCUGGUGGUCUGUUGGAAUGACCUUUUCUAUAUGGCACAUAUUGCUAUGUGUAAAAACCUUUGGAAAGAAAUCCGUUUUUGUUUUGUUAGGCUUUUUUCAAUUCACUGGCCAAUAUUGGAAUACUGCAAUGUUCACCACGGUGGAUCUGUGUAACAUUCAAACUAAGAAUGAUGAUUUUGAAUCAAUAUUGUACAGUAUGACAAUAAAUUUGCAUUGAUUACACAUA